AUGGCGCGAGUCUACGCCGAUGUCAACCAGAACAUGCCUCGCAGCUAUUGGGAUUACGAUAGCGUCAAUAUAAGCUGGGGCGUUCUCGAGAAUUACGAAGUUGUUCGUAAGAUUGGACGCGGUAAAUACUCGGAAGUCUUCGAGGGUAUCAACGUCAUCAACUACCAGAAAUGCGUCAUCAAGGUUCUGAAGCCGGUCAAGAAGAAGAAGAUCAAGAGGGAGAUUAAGAUCCUCCAGAACCUCUCCGGCGGCCCCAACAUUGUUGCCCUGCUCGACGUGGUGAGAGACAACCAGAGCAAGACGCCGUCGCUCAUCUUUGAGUAUGUCAACAACACCGAUUUCCGAAGUCUCUAUCCCAAGUUCAACGACAUCGACGUGCGCUACUACAUCUGCGAGCUGCUGAAGGCCCUCGACUUUUGCCACAGCAAGGGCAUCAUGCACCGAGACGUGAAGCCUCACAACGUCAUGAUCGACCAUGAGAACAGGAAGUUGCGCCUCAUCGACUGGGGCCUAGCCGAGUUCUACCACCCGGGGACUGAAUAUAAUGUCAGGGUCGCGUCUCGUUAUUUUAAGGGCCCCGAGCUUCUCGUCGAUUUCCAGGAAUACGAUUACAGCUUGGAUAUGUGGAGCCUGGGUGCUAUGUUCGCAUCCAUGAUCUUCCGAAAGGAGCCCUUCUUUCACGGGAACAGCAACUCGGAUCAGCUCGUCAAGAUCGCCAAGGUACUCGGCACCGACGACCUCUUCGAUUAUCUAGACAAGUACGAGAUAGAGCUCGACCCCCAGUACGACGACAUCCUCGGCCGUUUCACCAAGAAACCGUGGCAUAGCUUCGUCAAUACCGAGAACCAGCGCUUCGUCAGCAAUGAGGCUAUCGACUUCCUCGACAAACUCCUCCGAUACGAUCAUCAGGAGCGCCUCACCGCCAAGGAGGCGAUGGCGCAUCCUUACUUCGCGCCGAUUCGGGACGAGGCCACGCUAACCGAAUACCUCGGCGGUGCCACCGUCAGCUCCAGUUCCUGA